AUGGAUAAAAGAAAUGAGUCUUCAAAUAUGGACUUAAUCCUCUUGGGCCUCUUCCCUGGUAUAAAACAUAUCAACAUCCUUGUCUCUGCAAUUCUUCUGAUCUACACUGUGGCUGUAACCACAAAUUCCAUCCUUAUAUUCCUGAUUUGGGUGGAUUCUCACCUCCACACACCCAUGUGCUUUCUCCUCAGCCAACUGGCCCUUAUGGACCUGACAUUAAUCUCUAGCACUGUACCAAAGAUGGCAACUGACUUCUUCUCAGGGAAGAGAAGUAUAUCACAGGUGGCCUGUGGAACUCAGAUCUUUUUCUUCCUGACUCUAGGAAUUGCUGAGUGUAUCCUCAUCACCCUCAUGGCUUUUGACCAUUAUGUGGCCAUUUGCAACCCUUUGAGAUACACCCUGAUCAUGAGUCAGAAAGUAUGUCUGCAGAUGACUUUCAUUUCCUGGCCUGGAGGUGCACUUAUAUCACUCAUGCACACAGCGUAUGCUAUGCAUUUCCCCAUCUGUGGUUCUAGAGAGAUUUCCCAUUUCCUCUGUGAGGUCAUGGCCAUCCUAAAAUUGGCCUGUGAGGACAUCUCUGCUUAUGAGAAGGCUAUAGUGAUGACAAGUAUUGUGGUGCUCCUCAUUCCUUUGUCCUUUAUUCUGACCUCUUAUGCUCUCAUCUUCCUUGCUGUCUUCCGCAUGAAUCUGGAGGGCAGGAAUAAAGCUUUGGCCACCUGUUCCUCCCACUUGACUGUGGUGAGCCUAUACUUCAGUCCAGCCAUGCUGGUCUACAUGAGGCCUACUUCUUAUCACAGUCCAAAACUGGACCAGGUUCUCUUUAUGCUUGGUGCCAUCCUCACCCCCAUGAUGAACCCCCUCAUAUAUAGUUUGAGGAACAAGGAGGUGGUGGGAGCUCUGAAAAACGUGUUGGGAUGCUGCCUAACCUCAAAUUACACCACAAAUGUAAGAUGA